GACCUUGCCCAAUGACACAUACUAUCAAACUAAAUCAUCCAGCAAAGUCAAAGUCCACCUGGCUACAUUAUUAGAUAAUGAUAUUCUACAACAGCUGCCAUUCAGAAUACUCCAGACAGUCAUUUUGAGACAGAAGGGACUGUAAACAACUGAAACAGAGACAUAAGUUCUAGAUUACAGAGCAUACCAUGAUGGAAACAACAUCCUCUUUGUUAAAGUCAGUGUCUCGGCGGGUGUGGUCACCCCCUCAACGUCCAUUCAGAGUGUGCUCCUGGAACAGAGAGGUCAAAAAAGGAGUCACUGCAGGAACAGUAGAGGAGCUUAAAGAGAAGGCAGCCCAAGCUCUCUUGACAUCUACUGUGCUGACUUUGGUGUGUGAGGAGGAUGGGACGGAGGUUGACUCAGAUGAAUUUCUAUCAACCCUGCCUGAUAACACGGUUUUCAUGGGACUGAAACCUGGCGAGAACUGGAGACCUCAUCAUUUAAAUCAAAGGAGUGGUCAUAAUAAACCAGGUGACCACAAGCCAAGGACAGGAAGAGACAUUGCUCAGGUCACUUUUGAUCUUUAUCGGAACAGCCCCAAAGAUGUAUUCGGCUCGCUUAAUGUGAAAGCCACAUUCCAAGGGCUCUACUCUGUCAGCGCUGAUUUUCAAUGUCUCGGACCCAAGAAAGUCCUGAGGGAGGCCCUCAGGGUCAUGUCCACUCUCCUCCAAGCUGCUGGACACAUGUUGAUUGCAUCUGCAAAUGUGAUUCGUCGUAUUGUCCAGGGGGCAGAUUUUCUUGAAGCUCAGCAUGGAAGACCUAUCAGUCACACUGCAUACUUGAAAUAACCUGAGAUGUCAUUUCAA